AUAACAACAACUGCUUCUCCCUGCAUAUGCAACUCCCACACUGCAAGAAUCCUCUCAUCAUGGCCAUGCCAACUCUCUCUCUUCUGUUGCGGAGCUCUACCAGAGCGCUCGGCAGGAUACACAAGCCCUUUGCCCCAAUCCCCGCAUUACGGACCCUGUCAACAAAACAUCCCAAGGGCUUCGAGCCGCCCACAGACGAGGACUUGCUAGAACUCCGGGAGCGAGUUCAGGAGUUUACCAGGAGAGAAAUACCCGAAGAAGUAGCCGCGAGGACGGACCAGCAAAAUGAGUUCCCUCCAGAGAUGUGGAAGAAACUCGGAGACGCAGGUUUACUCGGUGUUACCGCUAAUGAGGAGUACGGGGGACUUGGAAUGGGAUACCAGGCGCAUUGUAUAGUCAUGGAAGAAAUCAGCAGAGCUUCAGGAAGCAUUGGACUAUCCUAUGCCGCUCACUCCCAGCUCUGCGUGAACCAGAUCUCUCUGAAUGGAACGCCAGAACAAAAAUCCCGCUUUCUCCCGGGUCUCCUUUCUGGUGAGAAAGUGGGCGCAUUGGCUAUGUCAGAACACUCGGCUGGUUCAGACGUUGUCAGCAUGAAGACGACAGCCAAAGCCAUCGAUGGGGGAUGGCUGUUGAAUGGGACCAAGAUGUGGAUUACAAAUGGACCGGAUGCGGACUAUAUCGUGGUAUACGCCAAAACAGAACCCGAAAAGGGAUCCAAAGGAAUCACCGCUUUCGUGGUAGAGAAGACCUUCGAGGGCUUCUCCUGCGCCAGAAAACUAGAUAAGCUGGGCAUGCGCGGUUCAAAUACCGGCGAGCUCAUCUUCGAUAAUGUAUUUGUACCCAAGGAAAACGUUUUGGGCGAAUUAAACCGGGGAGUCAAAGUCCUAAUGGAGGGUUUGGAUCUGGAGCGACUUGUCCUGAGCGCUGGACCACUGGGCAUCAUGCAAGCCACCCUAGAUCUCGUCCUCCCAUACACCCAUGUCCGCAAACAAUUCAACACCCCCAUAGCCCACAACCAGCUCAUCCAAGGCAAACUGGCAGACAUGUACACCAAGCUCUCCGUCUCACGAGCCUACACCUAUUCAACAGCGCGGCAGAUUGACAACGCCGCCGUUGCACCGGGGGAUCUGCAGAUUCGCACACAGGAUUGUGCAGGGACGAUCCUCUAUGCAGCUGAGCGGGCCACUGAAUGCGCACUGGACGCUAUCCAGCUUAUGGGUGGAAAUGGUUAUAUCAAUGAGAUUCCUGCGGGACGGUUACUGCGAGAUGCGAAGUUGUAUGAGAUCGGUGCGGGAACAAGCGAAAUCCGACGUAUGGUCAUUGGGAGGGCUUUCAAUAAGGAGUAUUCUUGAUUUUGGUACGAAGGUUUGAAUAGCCUUUUUCUCUUGUUGUUUAGAGAUCCGCAGCAGUUAAGGGAACAUUAGUAUUGGUAUCACUGCUGAUCUAUCUAAGUAUAUAUAAAACGAACGUAGCUGCGCUCUUACGCACGUCGAAGUGAGUCUUGAGCGAAUAGAUUGAUUAUAUAUGCUGCGAUUGUUCGAAGCAUUCCACUAUGCAGUCCGUGAGGGAAUAGAGAUAAUUCAUUUGAAAUCCUUCUUUACCCGUGUUGACCUAAUAGAGAUAAUUCAUUUGAAAUCCUUCUUUACCCGUGUUGACCU